GACCGCAUCUAUCGGAAAUCUGAAUAAAAAGUAAUGCUAAAUACGAAUAAGCGUAUAAAAUUAAAGGGAACCUUGAAAUACUUGUUCACUUUCGUUGACGAAAGAAUCGAACGAAAAUUCGAAGAAUACGUAAAAGUGAACAAAUGAAUAUGGAAUUAAGUUUAGAUCGAAAUAGUACUUUUGAGCGAUUCAAGUUCUCGAAUUUUCUCGUGGAUGUCGCUGUUUGUAUCUUUUCGCGUGGCUCCGCCCUUUGAGUGCAUCGCGCGCUGCAUGUCGAAUAUCAUAGUAGUUAGUCGGCUAUCGGACUCGAGUCGUUCAAGGUAUCUAAAGAAAAGUCGAAUGUUUUCCGCUUCUUUCGGUGGUUACACGUCCGUCACGUUCGGGCAUUGCCGUAUCUGGUACUUUAUCAAUGAAUAAUUCAGCUAUUUCUCCCAUGCUGAGAACCACUGACAUUUCGUAUAAUUCAUGCCAAGGCGGAGACGAGCACUCCGUAGAUGUGUUAUGUGGUUCAAUUCGAAGACUUCCUCGAUUGUUGCUCGGGGAUAUCUAGAGAUCGUACGUGAAAUCUAUGUCGGUGGUAGACGUGGUGGGGUAAACGACUUAUUAACAUCGCAAGUAUCGCGAAAACGAUUUUACAACGGGAGUGCCGGUGCAUGAGUGGUUUAGUGAUCAAUGAACUCUGCGGUGCUGUAUAUUGGGGCGUGCUGCCAGUGGUACCUAUUAAGCCGGCAGAUAUGACAACAUAAUAGAAAAUUAUAAAUUAAAUUUUCCAUAAGGAAAUAAAUAGAGGUGGUCAAGAGAUGAUGAACGAUAUAGAAAGUAUAAGCAUGAAGGGCAGUGGAGGAUCCAAGAUGCCUCAUAGUCAUUCGACUCCGGCAGGUGUAGAUGGAGGUAGUAGAACUCCUCCUACAACACCUAGAAAAGCCGGGAAGAUGCUUGCUGUUCGUGUACAAAUGUUGGAUGAUACAAUUACAAUGUUUCAAGUUCAGGCAAAAGCAUUAGGAAGAGUGUUAUUCGAUCAGGUUUGCAAGCAGCUACAUCUUUUGGAAGCUGAUUAUUUCGGUCUCGAGUAUCAGGAACCUAAUGGAACAAAAUACUGGUUAGAUUUAGAGAAGCCUGUUUGUAGGCAAGUAGGAUUGUCUUUAAUCGAUCCUCUUUUGAGAUUUUGCGUGAAAUUUUAUACGCCAGACCCAGCACAAUUGGAAGAGGAGUUUACAAGAUAUUUAUUUUGCCUUCAAAUCAAACGAGAUUUAGCUCAAGGUUUAUUACAGUGCAAUGAUAAUACAGCAGCUUUGAUGGCCAGUUAUAUCGUUCAAGCCGAAUGUGGAGAUUACGUAAUAGAGGAUUAUCCGGAUCACACAUAUUUGUCAACGUACAAAUUUGUGCCUCAUCAAGAUCAAGAAUUGGAACGUCGCAUAAUGGAGAAUCAUAAGAAACACGCCGGUCAAUCUCCGGCAGAAGCGGAUCUGAAUCUGUUAGAAACGGCGCGUCGCUGCGAGUUGUACGGAAUGAAAAUGCAUCCGGCAAAAGAUCACGAAAGUGUACCUCUGAAUCUGGCAGUGGCACACAUGGGAAUUGUAGUCUUUCAAAAUUACACCAAGAUAAAUACGUUCAGUUGGGCGAAGAUUAGGAAGAUCAGUUUUAAAAGGAAACGAUUUUUGAUCAAACUUCAUCCAGAGGGUUACGGUUAUUAUAAAGAUACGGUGGAGUUCUUUUUCGAGGGUCGUAACGAGUGUAAAAAUUUCUGGAAAAAAUGCGUAGAGAAUCAUGGAUUUUUCCGUUGCUCGGUGGUAAAACGAGUGGUACGGCAGAAAACCCGUGUUCUCAGCCGCGGCUCGUCGUUUAGGUACAGCGGCAAAACUCAGAAGCAAAUCGUUGAAUUCGUACGAGACAAUUACGUGAAGAGGCAGACGUUUCAAAGGUCCAAUUCGUUCCGGCAGACUAGCAGUGGUAGGGCAUUGCAGGGCUUGGAGGGGGGAGGUUAUCGUGGGGCCACUCCAAGCAGCUCCCUUAUGGGCAGCUCCAGCAUCUCUGCCCACCCCCUCCUGCCCCUCGGCGAUCCUGCACUGGAAACCCCAGCUCUGUCUCUAUCAUGCGGCUCGAUGACACUGGAUUCUCCGACGACUGUGACGAGUGUCUCGAUGGGAGGGACGAUUCACCGUCGCGAAGACACAGCUACGUCGUUUCGGACACUUACGUCCAUCGACGUCCAUUCCCCGGCCACACCCAGCCAGGUCCCAGCACCGCGGCAGAUGCUUCUUACCAGCCAGCAACGGAUUUCAUCAGCAGGUCGUAUCAGCCCCUCUAACAGCAGUCCUCCCGAAUUCCCCCCGCCGCGACCCAUGCCCAGACAUCCCUGGCAGCGAUCGGCCAGUUGCCGCGAACUGUACGCUUCUAGCUUCGAGGAUUCAGGGAAAGCACGAUCAAAGGACGAGAAAGCGUCCGGCGAACAGAAUUCCUUCGAACCGUUCCGUUUGCCUUCUCAAGGCGAGCUAGACAAUCCGGUGACGCGUUACGGCGAGGAGAGUAAUCGUUCGUACAGCGCGGCUAGCUCGAAAUUACCCUCGCUCGAUCACGACUCGGUGCCCGAUCGGGUAUACAGUAGCUCGUACCCGGGUACGUCAUCGCUCUCCACCGAGUCAGGCCACGAGGAGUCUGGCCCGGCGGCGGAUCUUUCGCACGACGAUCUCUCGCACGAUUCGUACGAGCUGCUUGAACGCGAGCACGAAUUUGAAUAUCCUGAAUCGUACUCGAGCCCACGGGACGACGACGAGGAGGAAGAAGAGAACGGUGGCGCGAUAUCGGACCGUAGCGACCAAGGAAUCGAGCACGAGAUGUUCCAAAUGGACUCCGAGACCGAUUCCUUCGUCAAGCACAGAUCGAUCAAAUCGUCGGACAAGCAACACUUCAAAUCCGUGCUCGUCGAUCUAAAGAACGCGAGGGCAAAGUCAAUCGAUCGGUACUCGUCGGUCACCGCUGCCAACAAAUCCGUAGACGGUGAUUACGUGACCGUAGAAUCUAGAAUACAACGAUCUAGCACUCAGAUCGAACGAAAAUUCGAGACGCGACACGUUAAUUCGGUAGAUCAAACUAAAUAUCUUCCUGUUUCGCACCAGGAUUCCGCGAAGAAAGAUCCGGUCGUGUUACAGGUACAGAAACAAAAGAUGUCGGUGCUUAACGAGUUGAAAAAUUUCAAGCCUAAAUAUAAGAUCACUCACGUAGAUUCGGAGGUAUUGCGAGACGAGGGUAUCAUGCGUCCAAAAUCUAGGAUAGACGAUGAUUUGAGCCCGGUCGACGGUACCGGCAAAUCGAUCGUAGAUCAUCAGAGAGCCAGGACGGUUAGGGCGCGUAGCAUAGCGAGUUUGGAGGAUCACGUGUCGAGGGUGUACGUGGAAACUGGUAGCUUAGGGCGCGGGGGACACAACAAGGCUAGGGAAAGAAAAUCGAAUCGCGAAAACGACGCGAAGGCCGUCAACGAGAAGACGUCGUCCAAGUCGCAAGAGAGAGCUAAAGGAGGUGGGGAGGGUCACGGGAAAAAGUUGGAGAAAAUGGAUUCGAGGGAUCGUAAAUCGGACGGACACGGUCGUCGUAGCGUGGAUCGAAUAGACAUCCGGGAACUGCGACGAAGCAUCGAGAGGCUGGACGUACGCGAGAGGAGUUACGAACGAUUAGACUCGAAGGAGAAGUCGUUCCGUUACGCGGAUCGUUACGAGUGGCGAGGGAAGAGCGUGGAGCGUUUAGAUUGUCAGACGCUUCGAGGUAGCACGGAAUACUUGAACAGAAGUCCGAAAGAGAAGAGCGGUCAUCGGCGUUCCGAGUCGAAGGAACGUCGAGAGAGAAGCGUGGAACGAUUAGACUCGAGAGAGAAGAGGAAGAGUCCUGGAAGCAAGAGCAACACCACGAUCGACUACAAUCAAAGGCACACCUUGGAGCGUUUCGACUCCGGCAACAGGAGUCCGUUCGAGCGUAUCUCCGUGAAGAAACACCGAGGGAAGAGCGUGGAGAGAUUGGACUCGCAGGAGAAGCCCACCUUCGACUUCGACCCUGUGACGAUCGAGCGUCUGAAGGGUUUGGAGCGUAGCAACUCGAAGGACAACAGAGGACACGAUCGAAAGUCGGAGUCGAGAAACGAGCGGAGACACACGGAGCGGGCUGAUUCGCGGGAAAGAAAAUACCUGGACCGAUUCGACUCGAGGUCGAGCGGCAGGAGUCUCGAGUGUAUCGAGCAGGAGAUAUCCGAGUGGAGGCGAAGCAGCAUCGAAAGGAUCGAGUACAAGGAUUCGAGGAAGAGUGGCAAGGCACGAGCGGAACGGGGCAAGUCGGAGGAGAAGCCUCGGGAGAGGGAUGACUGGAGGAGUUUAGAGAAAGCGCGGAAGGACGAGGAGAAACGUGAGCGGGAACGGGAACGAGAACGACAGGCGAGGCUGUCGAUCGAGUCGAGGACGGACACGGUGAUCGGAGUGCCUAUGGAGAUGGAGAGCUUCAAAUCGAAGACGGUGUUCACCGAGUACGAGCCGAAGAUCGUCGGAGGCGUGGUGCUGGGCUUCGACGACACGAUACCGGGUCACACCCCCGUCGAGCGCACCAAGAGCGACCCGAAUCCCGCGCGACAGCGCCUCGGCUCCAACAGCAAGCGACACAUAUUGAUGCAUCAAAAGUCGAUCGACUUAACGCCGGCCGAUUCCGGUGACGAGGAUCCGUUCUCCGACAGCGCAGCUAUGCAAAAGACCAACAUAGAGAUACCUUACACGCUGCACAAGCGACACGUGAUGAACGGUACCGCGUCCGACGACAAGUCGGAAUCGGACAGCGGGAAAACCUCGAAGAAAGUCACCGGCUCCGUUCGCGAUUUACCUAAACUACCACUGAAGAUGAUCACCGACAUUUCCUGUUUCGAUUUGUCCAAGUUGUCCUCGAUAGACAAGACCGGCAGCAAAGUGUCACCGGACAAAGCGAAAAGCGCGACGAUCACGCCGACCAGGCCGAAAUCAAUCUUGAGUCCAUCCGACAAGCCGAAGAGUAUAUUGAGCCCUACGUCGAAAUUGUCACCGACCGACGCGAAGAACGUGAUCUGCAGUUUCUCGCCCAGUAACAGAAGUCCUUCGAAGGGAGAUAAACAGUCGAUCAGAUCCGCUUCGUUCGACAAACACACGACGACCGCGGAGAUCGUGAUCGAGGAGCGAAGUUGCGUCAAGUCGUCCAGCUUGGACAAGAAAUCGUCGAAACUCUCCCCGAUCGAGCCGAACGUGACGAUCGUUUCGCCGUUGGAGAAACGGUCGCCGAAGGUCUCCCCCACGGAUCCGAACGUCACGAUCGUGUCGAUGUUGCAGAAGAAACGUUCUCCGGAUGCGUCGAAGAGCAGCGCGAUAGGAACGCAGAGAUCGUUCGACUCAAGGAUGAAAGCGUUCAACUUCGCCGACGUGGUCGGAAUGGAGAUGAAGCUGAAGCUGGAGCGUAAAGCGAAGUCCGAGGUCGAGAAAGACAGUUUGAAAACGCCGGACGACAGUCUGGAGAAGCAGGACAGCAUCGAGAAGAUACCAUUGCCGGAGAUCCCUAAGCCGGUUAUAGGAAAAUCCGACGAAGAGGCUUCGACCGUGGCUGACUCUUCGGAGAAGCAAAAAGAAGAGGAAAUAAAGGAAGGCAAGAGUAGCUCAGGAUCUCCUGGUGCGAGUUUGGAGAAACCAAAGGUUCCCGAGAAACCAAAGAUUCCCGAGAAACCAAAGAUUCCCGAGAAACCAAAGACUCUGGAAAAGCCGAGCAUUCCGGAGAAGACGAAACGGAUCUUGGAGAAGAUGGAAUCGAAAUUCUCGGCGAUGAAGAUGGCUGGGCCGAAGAUCAUCGACACGGGCUUCGACGAUUUCGUCGACCCGGUGGCUGAUCUGCCGUUGGACGAAGUUCCCGUGAAGCCUGUGUUGGAACUGGACAGCUUGAAGGUUCCCGAAUUCGUUCCUUUCAUGUCGAGGCCGCACGGCGAGCCGUUGCGCUCCAAGUCAUUGUCGUUGGCCGAGGAGAAGGCACCGAUCGACACGUUGCUCUCGCCGGAGGUGGAGAACAAGCACUUCGUCCCGGAUGUUUCGCCGAAAAGGGCGAAAAAGGCGAAGCCGGAGCCGAAGAAGGAUUUCAAGAAGCAGUCGAAAUCUUUGGAAGGGGAUAAGCCUCCCCUGAAGAAGGCCGGCUCGAAGGAGGCGCGUACACCGACGGCCAGUUCGAAGAUCGACAAAUCCAAAUUGAAGCUGGGAGAGAUGCCGCAGGAGAUCAUUAUAAUCGACUCGACGGACGUGGCGCCGGAAGUGAGCAUAGUUCAGAAGGGUAGGUCGAAGUCUGUCGGUAGACUGUCGGAGAAGGCGUACUCGACGCCGUCCAAGGAAGAGAAAGAGGAGAGCAAGAGUGGUCGGGCAAAGUCUGCCUCGGUCGACGACGAUACGAUAAAGACAGCCACGGUCGCCACGAAGACCGAGAAGUCUAGGCCGAAAUCGUUGGGCAUUUCUAAGAGUCUGGGCAGUACCGAGAAGAAGGAUUCCGUGGAGAAGAUCUCGCCGAAGAGAACAAUCGUCUCGAAAGCUUCCUCUUCUAGAAGCGAGGCAAGAUCUCCGACUUCGUGCAAGGAGCCGCCUAGACAGCGAGAUCCUAGGAUAACGCGCUCGAAAACCGAGGUAAAAACAGACACGGACGCGGAGGAGAUUUUCGAGGCGCGAGAACGCGAAGAAGCGAACGAAGAAACGACGGCGAAAGACGCGAAGAAGAGUUCGAUCGCGCAGGAACUAUCGGAAACACCGGUGGUUCUGCGUAAAGCAGGUCAGACGCCGGUGCUGUUCGCUCGUGCUCGUCUGGGUCUGUCGGAAGGGAGUGGAAUCGGAGCGUUGCAGAGACAGGGUGCGACCCAGUCGCCGACCGCUCAGAGGAGAGCGAAAUCCUUGGACGCGCCGGUGAUCGCGGUGCACAGACUUCCGCCGACGAACGCGUUCUCCAGCAAAGACGACACCGUCGACGUUUCGGAGAAUGCCGAGGAACAGGAAGAAGGUAGGGAGCAACAGGAGGGUGCAGUUGUAUCGGCGAAGGUGCACUCCAUUCAGACGGAGGUGUCGCCGAAUCACAGAUCGGACAGUACCGAUCACACCACCGUACCGGAGAUCUUCACCGACUCUCUGUCAGUGACGGAAACCUCGGCACAGUAUUUGGAGUCGCCUCUCACCGAGUGCAACGAGAUCACCGCGAGCGCGGAUCUUAUUCCCUACGAAAGGGACAUCGUGCAGCCGGAAUCGGACGAGAAGGAGCAUAAGACGAUGCUGGAGACGGUGAGGGUGGACGAGAGAACGAAAUUCAUCGAUCAGAGUUCCGUGGAGUCCGGUGCCGAUCAAGAGGUCCCGCUCGAUAAAACGGUCAGAGCAGAGAAGAUCGAUCUGCUUAGUAUUUCGAAGACCAUAGAAGGUUCCCUACCGCGUACCAACGUCGAAACUUUUUCGGUCGCGAAGGAGGCAUCGCCGGAACGCGUCGUGAGCGCGACGGAUACGACUGGAAGAAUGUCCAUAGAGAGGGAUGAUCUACCGGAUGUGACGGUAACCAGCGUGAACGUAGCUCGGGAAGAGGAUCAACCGCCUAGGCCGAUCGAUUUUGACGAGGGUCAAGAAAUGGUGAAAUCACCGAUCCAAAUUUCCAUCGAGGAAUGUUCCGACAUCGAGGACGACGGCGAUGAAGAAGAAGAAGAGGAGGAGGAGGAGGAGGAGGAGGAGGGCGAGAUGGUUCACAGUGACGAUCAGGAAGACGAUCAAGGGACGCAGGAGCAAGAUGGCGACGACAAUCGUCCUCUGGACUCCGCAGACACUAGCGAGGACACCUUAGACGCUCUCGACACCCAAGUCCAUAUGAGAGGCAUCGAUAGCGAGCUCAGUUCGCCGGAUUAUGGCGUCGACAAAAUGGACGAGAAAACUUUGGUAGAGGUCGAAUUGACGCCCGAGUAUUUGGAGAUGAGAAGAGAGGACGAGGACGGUGCCGAAGAGUUACCAGAGGACGAGGAGCCCGAAAGAGAAACGAGGACGAAGGAGUCGCCGGAGGGGAGUGGAAAUCGUUUGUCCAUCGAGAAGAAGCUCAGGUUAAGCAGCGAACGUUCGAGAAGCGAAGAGACCAGUACUUGGACGCCGGAUCGCGAAGAUCCAGAGUCGAGUUCCUGUUCGAUUGCUCGGCCGCUUGGUAUAGGGCAGAUUCAGCCGAUAGUGGAUCGUCGAGAAAUCGCUAGGGCGAAGAGUGGUCGGGGUUCGUUGGAAGAGGAGGGUGGUUCUCAAGUUGCAAGCAAACCAGAGUCGAGUUCGACCUGGAAACCCUUUCCCUUGGAGAGUUCCGGUAGUUCGAGCACGGAGGACGGUUGGCCGGCGCAGGACGAGAACAACGCCGCUCAGUCGCAGUCGGAGGACAGCAACGGACAGAACGAGGAUAGCUUUCAAGAGGAUCUCGCCGAUUUCCCUGGCAGUUUUAUCUACCCAACCGGCCCGGAUAUUUUAACCAGUUGCGGCACGUUCGCGUUGACGCGAACCCUCUCGAGGAUAUCCGAGAGGUCCACCACUUCGGAGCAAGACAAGAGCGACCUCGAGGACUCGUUCAAGCCCAGCUCGAGGUCUCCGAGCUUGGACGACGAGUCGUUGAUGUCCAGCGACCAUCAACCCUCUCUAUCUUCCGACCCGCCGUCCGGUACCGCUAUCCCUUCCGUUUCGGACGAUCGGCGCACCUCCUCCGAACUCCCAGACAUUCCGAUCGACGUGGUAGGCAUGGGACAGGAAGAAGAUUUGAGAUCUCCGAAAUCACCUGGAAGAUCGAAGCUACAGACUCAGAGCUCAGAAGAUUGGCCGUCGCCUCCUAGUUCGCCGGUCUUCGACCCACCCGUGGUUAGCCACGUGGAGACCUUCUACAUGGAGAUCAAGCCCGAGGAAGCGGUGAAAGUGACGGUGACCGAUAGCACGGAGACACCUGGUCGAUUCGAUCACGACAGCGACUCUAGCGACGAGAACAGAACGCUUCACGACGAUUUGCACUCCACCUUCCUGGAAGACGGGCAAAGUUCUACCUCCGCGACCACCGUCGACGGUACCGUGAAAAUAGCGGUGAAACCAAAGUCGAACUCUUACAUCACCGGUUCGUCGCACAGCGAGGACACAUCUAUGGGCUUGUCUAUGUCCGAAUGGUCCAGUUCGAACAACACGGUGCGCCAAUUUUGCCAGUACUCCGGCACCAAGUCCGACGACAAUUCUCUGGCGGAGCUGGGUGCCUCGAUAUCGGACUGGUCGGGCAGCACCACCGUCGUGCCUCAACAGUAUUACUCUUCGGUGGCCGGGGACAAGAGCCAAAGCGACACGACCACUACCUCGGACAAGAGCGUCACCAGCACCAGGUCGAAUUCAAAACGCAGAACAACCGACGUCUCUCCUCCGACUUCUUCGUCGCCCCCCUUACCACCUCCACCGCCUCCCACGCUUCCCGACCAGCAGGAAGCAUUAGACGACGAACCGUCGUCGAGGGAGGAUCAGUCGUCCCGGGACGAACAAUUGGACGAAGCAAGGAGGUUCAUCGAGAGCCAGUUCGACGAACAGCGUCGCGCGGUGUCGCGACGCAGCGAGCCAGACCAGGAAGUUACCGCGAAAUCUUACACCGACGUGUCGCCUCCACGGAUCACUCUACGGAACGAAUUCGACGAAGCGAUCGACGACGAUUUUCGGACGAUGUCCGACGACGGAGACGCGCCCCUACCGAUCCUGCAGGAAGAGGAGGAGCUCGACGAGCAAGAGGAACGCGCGCGAGAGGAGGAGGAUCGUUUGUACGACAACGUGCCGGCGAUGAAGUACUCGAGCAGCGAUCAGAUUCGCAUGGAGGUGGCGCGAGGAGACAGUUCCGAGGACAUGCACGAAAAGUACGCCGAUCUGGCGUUGACCUCUCGAACGACAGGCGACGACGAUUGGUCGUUCGAGGAGGAACGGGAAACGAUGUUAGAGAAGGAGAAACCUCGUUCGAGCUCGAAGUUCGAGCGAGGUUUCUCCGAGCCGAUGGAGACGGUCAGGUACCACGAGACCAGGUCCACCGAGCGACCCGUGAUCGUCCCCAUCCGAGCUAAAUCCACCCCGUACUAUUCGACCACAAGUCUCAGCGGCGAGUCCACCACCUCCAGCCCCCCGAUGCAAAUCAGAACGCAGAUACGAACGAAAACGAUGCCGUACUCGUCGAGUAGAAGCCCCCAGAGCGAGGGGGACACCUCGUCGAGCAUGGACAGUCCGGUUCACACGCCGGUUCGCGGUCAAAUCGCGGUUCGACGACGAAGGCGGGAGAACCUGAAGAGACGCCAUCGAGUGAUGGUCGAUCUCGAGGUGAAGGACGGUCAGAUCAUAUCUAGCACCGAUUCGAGCUUCGACGUGGCCACCAUACCACCGCCUUUGCUCGUCGAACGGCCGAGUCCCGACGUCGACGACGACGAGGACGACGAGGAGGAGUACUCGGAAACGAAAGAGGAACAGAAUCGACGCCAACAGCAGCGUUGACGCGACUUUCGCGUCGACCAGCGAAACGCGUGACAUCCACGCGUCGUUCGACGGAAAAGAGGAGAUAUCAAAAAACUUAUCGAACCUGUCGCGCCAGCCGAUAUAUAAUUAGUACGUUUGUUACUCGUUUUAGAAUAUUCGAUCGAAUUUCAUAUACGAUUGCUGGGAUCCGGCAACACGCGUCAAUAGGAAAGAAGGAAGCGACGGCUACACUCGUUAACGAUAAAUAGAGUCUAGGGAAUAUAGGAAGAUAGCCGUAACGAUGAAAAAGAAAAAAAAAGAUCUCGAGAUCGAUUUACCUCUGGGGAGAGGGAAAGGGAGAAGGCGGUGAAAAGGGAUGCUGCUUGAAUUUCAUGAGAAGGACAAUCAUUGUUGGAAGUAAGCGAUAGCAUCGUGGGGUCGAAGGAAAGAAAAUGCGAACAGGGUGGAAAAGAGGAAUUGUCUGUUUUCUGAUUCGAGAAUCGAACGGUUGAUAGGCGGUCGGGUAUGAUUUCGUCAUAGUUUAGUUCGUGGUCUCGUGUUUUAGGACGGAGGACAAGUUGCUCAACGUAGGUACUUAAUUAAAGACGAUUGCCGCGCGAUUUUGUUGAAUAUACGCGCGGGUAUAUCGUUGUGGAAUUGCGAAUCAUGGUGCGAGUUGCGGUCGAAACGGAACGCGCGGAAUAUAUCACGGUAGGUUUAAUGAAACGUUCGUUUAUCGAAAGAUCGAAUCGCGAUCGAUCCGCAGCGUUCGUCUUCUUCGCUUUUUCUCCCGACGAGAAGGGGCUCUCUACGCGGUCCGUCGUCCGAACGAGGAAAAGAUUCGUUAUCUUCAUCUUUGUCUCCUCGAUUUUCAGUCUUCUUCUACUCGUUCACGAAUAUUUCGUGAAUUAUUCAACGAAUAGCGGUUUUUAAUCGACGAUGAUCGCGAAUAAAUCCGCGUCCCUGGAGAACGUAUCGAAGCGAGGAGAUGUCUUCCUGGACGAUCGAGGUCAGACCUUUCUCAAGGUUUCCAUCAUCGUAACGGGGCAGGGUUGUUGUUACGAUAGUCAAGUCAAUUAUAAAGUUUCGUCGAUCGAUGAAAGUAAUCCCAGACGCUGCUUGCUUUAAAAAUACCGAUUACCUUGAAACAAACGAAGGAGCCCGGCCUCGACGUUACUAAUUCCCGUUGGCAUCUACUUUUUCUCCGCAUCUUUCAAAGCGAAUUUAUUCGCGGUGAUCGAAGGACAAACACGCGACUCGACGAGAAACAAUGAAAUUGCGAUUGGUUUCGAGUCUCCGUGCUUUCCGCGCGCAUCGCGUUAGCUGUCACUUCAUUUUCGUGCCUUCUAUCCAUCAGUUCCGACAAGGGUUACCCGAUAAAAUCGAUCCCGGCUAAAUUUGUCGAUCGAUCGUUGUUAAUAUAACAACGAGUUUACGAGAGAGAAAAAAAAAAAAAAAAAAAAUAAAA